CCGGAAAAUCGUAUCAAGUAUACUAAAGAAAAAAUGACAUUAAUAGUACAACAUAUUAGUAAAUGUUUAUUUGUUAAAAAAUUAGCAAGUUUUAAAUGUGAAAGUACAUGAGGACGCCACGUUUGCAGCGGAAAAUUUAAAUAUUGAAAGUGAAUUAGGAACAGUUAAAAUUUUCUCUCCUUGACUUUUUCUCUUUUUUAAAAGGUCCGUGCGGUCCGUGUUUACCUCGUGUAGAGUUUAACAGUGCACAUAAUGUGAGAGGCGCACACAAAGAGAAACGUCAGAAGAUAAGAAUGAAUGCGUGAAUGUGAUUUUCCGAGUUUUCCUGCGGUUUUUCUGGUUUUUCUGACGUGUGGCGGCGCUCGUGAAACUUGCCUGCUCUUGCCUUGUCAUUUCGAGGUACACGAUGGUGUCUCUUUGUCGUAAUUCGUGAAUUCAGCAAAUAAUAUCAAUCGUGUUGUUCUAGUGAAUACAAGUGAAUAUGCCAUGGCUCUGUCCAGGUAAUAAUACUGAUUUCUCAUCGUUAAAGAGAAAAGAGGUUAAAAGUAGUUAAUAUUUCGUUUGAAUAGUAAUUAUUAGAAUUAUUAGAUAAAAGUGAUAAGUGAUCGUUCGCCACACAUUCUCACAAUGAAUAUCAAUGUUGAUAGUUUAAACGAGUUUCAAACCCUUUUGCAAUUUAUUACAUCGGGUGAUAAGGAGAAAAUAAUUCAAGGCUGGACCAAUCUCGAAGAGCUUGAGAAGAAUUUUCUCCUCGACAAAACACCUCGUAAUUGUGUCGACAUUCUGACAACAUCCCUCAAAGAUCUCCUUCACGGAACUGUGCAAAAUACACAAGAAUUACCAAGACUUUUAAAUUGGUUCGCUAAGUAUUUGGACAAUGAACCUGACUUGCAUCUCGGCUAUGAUUUAGCAAAUAUUCUCAAUAAUUCCAAACUCGAGGACAUUGAAAUUUUGAUGUUAAUCCUGAAUGUUGUGAAUGAUUACAAGAGAAUUUUUCUUUAUGGCAAUCAGAAAGAUGGGAAAUUUUGGAAACAAGUUGUCAGUUGUCUGGCUCGAUGUCACACGCCUAUUAAUAAGGAGGAAAUUAAAAAUUAUCAGGCAUGCACGCGGCAGAUUCAUAUUUAUCUGAGUAGUUUGAUCGACAAGAGUCUUCAUUCGUUUUGUCUGCAGAAACUUUAUAAAAUAAUUUCGGACACAAGUCGGGAAAAAGUGCCAGGAACCGCAUUGUGUAUAAUUUUGUUACUCGACAAGUCGCUGAUUAAGGAAGGUGUUUAUUUACAUCUCGACACACCUUACAAGGAUCCUGACUUGGUGCAAGCGUUGUUUGUCAUUUUCCAAUGGUGCCUCAUCUUCAUGGAUAAUGAACUCUUGUCCGAAUGGCUCAUGACUUUCAUUCGAGGAUUAGAGUUGAAGGAAAAAUACAAUAUUCUGAUGAGUGUCGCAGAGGCAACGUUAAAUUUGAACAAUGUCUUCACGGCUUUUUACUUUGAGAAACAAAGUCAAUCGGUGGGGAAAAUUCUCCUCUACAUGCUGCAAAUGCAGAGCAAUCCCGAUGUGUUUCUUACAUUCGUCGACACAAUAAAGAAUAAAAAUGUUUUGAACGUUUUGAAAAAUUUGAAUCAAGAGUACGCUAAUGAUUGUCUUCAAACAAUUGUCGAUGUGAUUGAAGCUUUAUUAAUUCGAUUCGAGGUUAAAGAUCGUGAGAAAAUCGAGCAGACUUUCCCGGUUCGACCGCGAGAAGACAUUGUUCGGAAAAUAUUGGAGAACCCUUUUUGGAAUGUCGAGAGGGAAAAUAAGUUUCAGCUGAGUUAUGUGCCGGAGAGGAGUAGAAUUAAUAUCGUCAGUAUUGAUAGUAUACGAAAUGUGGACAGUAAAGUUGGCCUCGCCAAUUUGGGAAAUACCUGUUACAUGAACAGUGUUUUGCAAGCUUUAGCUAUGACCAGACAAUUUCGAUACGAGGUGUUGAAUUAUAAAGUCAAUGAUCUUGGUAGUCAAGUUUUGCUUAGUAAAUUACAAAAAUUGUUUGCUCUGCUGAUGCAUUCGAAGAGAAAUUCUCUUUCGCCGAAUGAAAUUUUUCAAGUGUCAAGACCCGCCUAUUUUAUGCCAGGACAACAACAAGACAGUUCUGAAUUUCUUUGUCACUUACUAGAUGUACUUUAUGAGCAAGAGAAAUCGGCAAUUGCAAUUAGUGGUAAUGCAGAAACGACGGUCGAUUUGAAACCAAAUUCUGAUGAACCUAUGGAUGAAAUUAUGGGCGAUGAAUCGGUUUUGAAUCAUUGGCCAACAGAGGAAGAUUUAACCAAAAAUCCUGUUUUACGAAGGAAAACACAGUCUUUAGCUGAUUUUAGUCAAGGUGAUGAGUUGCCGCAAUCACAACAAUUGAGUGACAGUCAUUCGGACUCGACAGACAGUGGAAUCCAAUCGGUCGGUGGUGAAGACGUGACGACAUCACCCUCAAUCCUCGUCCAUCGGGUUUUCGGUGGCGAGUCAAAAAUCACCUAUCACUGUCAACAAUGUGAUAACAGUUCCGACAACACUGACAAAUUUCGCGACUUGCAAUUGUGCUUCCCCGAGGAGAUAUCCGAGAAUCACGAGGUCAGUGUUCAGAGUCUCAUUAAUUAUUACCUCGCUCCUGAGAAAUUGACCGGCGACAAUAAAUAUCGUUGUGACAAAUGCAUGAACCUCUGCGACGCUCAGAGGAUAAUCAAAAUCCUUCAAGCACCCGCACAUCUCAUCCUGACACUGAAGCACUUUCGCUACGAUUCGGACAGUCGGCUGAGGGCAAAGCUGCGGCACAAAGUCGCCUACGAUGAGACAAUUCAAUUGCCCGUUUUGGACUCGGAGCCCGAGACUUAUCGUUUGUACGCCGCCGUCGUUCACUCGGGUUACAGUGUCGACUAUGGACAUUAUUUCACCUACGCCUGUGACUCGAGGCAAAAGUGGUACAGAUUCAACGACAAUUACGUGUCAUGCACGACACUCGAGGACUUCAAGAGACUCGAGCCGCCUGACACGCCCUACAUUCUCUUCUACGAGAAGUCCACCACCGUCGGUGCCUUUCAGGAGGACAAACAGGAAUUGGCCACGCUCAGGAAUCAUUUGCAGGACAUUGUCGAGAACGACACCAAGUCUCUGCUCAAUGAGUCGCGCUAUCAGGACGACCGAAGGAAACCCAGCUUCUCGAUAAGUCGACACGACAAUUCCGACGACGAUAACAACACGCCCUCCAGCACUUGUCGCGGCUCCCUCAAGUUCACGUCCAACAAUUAUCUUUGCUAGACGAAAUUGCUCUUUCAAGAGGAGGCUUUUUCUCAAAGACUCGAAAGUGGAUUGCAAUUCGCCAAAAUCGAUUAAUACGUCUUUGUUUUCGAAACAGUUUUAUUGUUGAAUGUUAUUUAUUUAUAUAGAAUAAUUCACUUCCAAAAACAAAAAAAAAAUUACGCUUAAAUUUUAUUAUAUAAAAAAAUAUCUGUACUGAAAAAGAAAAAAGUGUCAAAUUUUUGUUAAAAUCGUUUUUUACAAUGCAACAACACUGCGUCGCAAAAAUAAUAGACUGCCAGCCUUGGUAUGUGAAAAACUUGAAAGCAGGCUUGAAAGCAGGCUUGAAAGUGUAGUGACUGAAUUUUCUAGCACUUUCUUUAAGAGAAAGAAAAAAAAAGUGUCCGAGGGAAAACAUUUUUAGUAUAUUUUUAAAACGUGUACCAUCAUUUGUUUUUCCGAUUAUAAAAAUGAUGGCGAAUGAUUUUUUAAAGCUGUGUAAAGCAGCAUAAAAUCAUACACACAAAACUUUGACAGUAUUUAAUUGAUGCAUAAAUGCUUUUUAUAGUCAACUUGCAAGUGUUCGUUAUAUUAUAUUUGGUAUCUUUCAUAAAACACUCACGUAGAUAGAAUUUUAUUUAAAAAAACAGAUUCAUUGAAUUUCUUAAUUUUAAUCACAAUUUGUUUGAAUUUUCCGCAUUCAACUGAUUGAAUCGUUCAGUUCAAUUUAUAUUGAAUUCAUAAAAUCAGUCGAAUUUGAAAAUUAGGGUGACCGGUGCUUUAAGAGUAUUUGAACGAUUAUUAUUUACUUUCCCAGAGUCCGGUUAAUAUUUAAAUAUUUACUUAUAAAAGUUUUUCAACAAUUUUCUUAAAAAUACUUCGAAACUCCAAAAGAUUUGUACUUUGUAAAACGUGAUAAUUGUUCAAAUUUCCUUCAGGGUGUCUUGCAAUAAUAUAAUAUUGUUAAUUUGCAAUUGGUUAAUUGUAUUUAUAUUUUACCAAU